GGUGUUGCAUGGAAAUGGGUCCCCCUCUGCCCGUGGCCUGGUCUCCUUUGGCUUAUUUAUAAAAGAGAGAGAGACACGCAGGCCCGUCCUUACUUGAUUUACGCCCUUCCUUUCUUCCUUUGCUGAAGUCAGAGGGGCUGCUAAGCGGUGUUCACACUCUCAGGGGCGUAGAGCAAGAAACAACGGACAAUCCUCCCGCCACAGAGAUGAUGGAGAGCGGUCUCCCAGACACAACAGAGGCCACCAAGCCACUCCACUCCGCAGAAGAAGCUGUGGAAAUCCCAGGUGCCAGAGGCCUCUCUCCUGGAAGCAGCAAGGCCCCCAGUGUGCUGUUGGAAGGUCCCCAUGAGAAUGGACAGAAAGCAGCUGCCUUGGGUGGCUAUCCGUUCGAGGCAGCUGAGAGCUUUUCAUGGCACCAGCUUCACUGGGGAGAACAAAUGACAGGGGUCCCAGACCCACACAGCUAUUCCUGGAGCAGGAGUGAGACAUAUAAAACACAGCAUUAUGGGAAGGGACGCUCCUGGAAUGCAGGAUCAGAUCUUUUCUCUGAUACGUCUGGGUCAGCCUGUGCAUCACUCGAAUUGAGGACUGACGCUCCAGUUGCUGACAUUGUGAAUGGCGCCACUGAACUCUCUCACAAGGGUAACAGAAAAUCCGGUUCUAUUACUGAUGAAGUUGAUGCCAGCCAUAGCGGGAAGGCUUAUGACAUCCAGUCAUCCCUCCGGGAUGGUGGGAAUCAAGAGUCUGUUGGUGCCUCCAAACUGGAGCCUGCUGAAGAGACUGACUCCACUCUCUUAGCCAUGUUCAGUGCUGUGGCUAAUAGCCGUUUGGCUGUCCAGAGCCAACAGAAGGACGAACCGGAUUUUACGCCUGCGCAGAAGUUGGCCAUCUUACGGGAUCUGUACCACACCAAGCCCUUGGUCUUCUUGGAACGUUUCCGGACAGCCCUGCGGGAGGAGCACCUGGCAUGCUUCCACCACCUCUCCGGCAACUACGAGGCAGAUUUCUACUGCGCUGAAGUGCGCAGGGCUGGCGUGAGCAAAACUCGGCAUACCUGGGUGCGGAACAAGCGCUACGCAGCCCUGCAGCAGCUCAUCAGAGAUGGAGAAUACUUCAGCGACGAGCAGAUGCGUUCCCGGGACCCGCUCCUUUACGAGCAGUACAUUGGCCAGUACCUGAGCGAGGAGGAGUUGCAGGCCCUGGGCAGCUGCAAGGAAGAGGCUUCCCUCUCCCUCUCGGGGGUCCUCUUGGAUUCCUACCAGGAGCAAGUCAUCCAGCGGCGGCUACAGGUCCAGCGGGAGCAGGAAGAGGCUGCGGAGGAAGAGGAGGAGGACGACGAGGACGAGGAUGACGAAGAACAUAGCAGCCAUGAAAAUGACGAAGACAAGGCCUCUAACUGCGAGAUGGACGAAUGGGUCCCUGACCCGGAAGAGAAAGCAUUCUUGCGAGAAGAGUUCACCAGCCGUAUGUACCAGCGCUUCCUUGAGGGCAAGGAUCGGGACUUCGACUACAGUGAAGUUGAUGAGAAUCCAGAUUUUGACAACCUGGACAUAGUCUCACGGGACGAGGAGGAGCGCUACUUUGAUGGAGAAGAGGCAGAAGAGGCUGAUGCUAUGGAAGCAGAGUAGACUGGCCUUAAAGCAGAGCUGAGGCCACCAGGGCGACGUGGGGCACAGAGGUUCGACUUCCUACCCUGCUAACCUCUCCCAUUCCUAUGCUAAACUGGGUGACCCGGUCCUGAUGGGGCUCCUGGAAGUGGCUGUGGAUUGGAGCUUCCUGUUGGCAUCUG